ACCUCCGCCGCCCACGGAAGCAGACGCGGCCUCGCACUUCCGCUGCUGGCAACGCCGUUCCCUCACAAAAGAUGGCGGCGCCCUUGUCUCUUCAGCUGGAGUUCGGAGGUGGAGCAGAGCUCUUGUUUGAUGGGAUAAGAAAACAUCAGGUGACUCUGCCCAGCCAGAAAACACCUUGGGAUGUUCGAAACUUGCUGGUGUGGAUUAAAGAGAACCUGUUGAAAGAGAGGCCGGAACUGUUUGUGCAGGGAGAUUCUGUGCGGCCUGGAAUCUUGGUGCUGAUCAACGAUGCAGAUUGGGAGUUGAUGGGGGAGCUGGACUAUCUGCUCCAAGACCAAGAUAAUGUCGUUUUCAUCUCCACCUUGCAUGGUGGUUAGACUGCUGGGAGUAUGAAAAAGAAUAAUUGUGCUGGUGUGCAGAAGGGAUUCCUGGCCCAGGCAUAAACAUUCCUUGCUCUCUUGGCUGUCACCCCAGAUCAGAGUUGGUUUCUCAUUAGCUCCUUUUCUUUAAUGAAGUCUGCCCUUUUGACACUUGGCUCCUCCCACCCAGUGGUUCAGCUCUCGCCUCUUUUGUCCAAGAAGAUCGAAAUAAUUUCUGCACUUGGUCACCCUCUUCCCUGCUCCAGGAGGCGCACACCAUGGAACAAAUGGCUGAAAAUGAGCCGCUUUGCGUGUGGAACGGCUGAGCUCACUGUGGCUGUCACACUUGUUUGCUGGCUUCUCCUUGGCAGCAGCAGGGGAAGGUCUGUGAUCAAAGAGGGGAUCUCUCCUUCCUUCCAAUCCAAGCCUUGGAUCAGGUUGCAACCAUUAACAGUCAUUAAGGGAUAUGGGGGGCAUUCAGGGAAGAUGGCAGAUGCAAGACACCCUCAGCCUAUCUGCUCUUGAUUUACCAUGCAUGGAUUUCAGUUCGGUUUUAAAAGGUUUUUAAAAGUACCCAUCUAGAGCCAGCUCACAAAUGGUUACUUUGAAUUUUGAUGCCUAUGAACUGCACUUUUGCUUGCCUUUUUUUAAA